GCCAUCGGCUGUCCCGCCUCCUGGCUCACUUGUUCCCCUGUCAUAUGAACCGUCUUCAACCGCUACUGCAUCACUAAUCCACUACAACCGCGAAGAUGGCUACUCGGACCAUGCAAGCAGCACGGUGCCCGACAGAUGAGCUGUCACUGACAAAUUGUGCUGUGGUCAGCGAGAAGGAUCUGCAGUCCGGACAACAUGUGACUGUGAAGACCACACCCAACCACAAAUUUGUGUUUACGGUCAAGACCCACCACACGGUGGCGCCUGGUUCAAUUGCUUUCAGUCUCCCACAGCGAAAAUGGGCGGGUCUCUCCAUUGGCCAGGAGGUGGAAGUGUCCAAUUACAACUUUGACAAGUCCAAGCAGUGCAUCGGUGCCAUGACAAUCGAAAUCGACUUCCUGCAGAAGAAGAGCACCGACUCCUCACCUUAUGACUCCGACAAGAUGGCUGCCGAGUUCAUCCAGCAGUUCAACAGCCAGGGCUUCUCAGUCACACAGCAGCUGGUGUUCAGUUUCUGUGACAAACUCUUUGGACUGGUUGUCAAAGAUAUUGAGGCCAUGGAUGCCAGCAUCUUGAAAGGUGAAGCAGCCUCUGGAAAGAAACCACAGAAGAUUGACAUUGGACUCCUGGUGGGUAACAGCCAGGUGAUUUUUGAGAAGGCAGAGAGUUCAUCCUUGACACUUGUUGGCAAGGCAAAAACCAAGGAGGCACGUCAAACAAUCAUCAACCCAGAUUGGAACUUUGAGAAAAUGGGAAUUGGAGGUCUGGAUAAAGAAUUCUCUGACAUUUUCCGCAGAGCCUUUGCUUCUCGAGUCUUCCCUCCUGACAUUGUGGAGCAGAUGGGUUGCAAGCACGUGAAGGGAAUCCUGCUCUUUGGACCUCCAGGCUGUGGUAAAACCCUCAUGGCCAGACAGAUUGGUAAAAUGCUGAAUGCCCGCGAGCCAAAGAUUGUCAACGGUCCAGAAAUCCUAAACAAGUAUGUAGGAGAGUCAGAGGCCAACAUCCGCAAGUUGUUUGCUGAGGCAGAGGAGGAGCAGAAGCGGCUGGGAGCCAACAGCGGCCUGCAUAUCAUCAUCUUUGAUGAGUUGGAUGCCAUUUGCAAGCAGAGAGGCACAGGCGCGAGCAGCACAGGCGUACACGACACUGUGGUCAACCAGCUCCUGUCCAAGAUUGAUGGUGUGGAGCAACUUAAUAAUAUAUUGGUCAUUGGGAUGACCAACAGACCUGACCUGAUUGAUGAUGCCCUCAUGAGGCCUGGCAGAUUUGAAGUCAAAAUGGAAAUUGGUCUUCCUGAUGAGAAAGGUCGUGUUCAGAUUCUCACUAUUCACACGAACAAGAUGCGGAGCUUCAACCUGCUGGCUGGCGAUGUCAACAUACCGGAGUUGGCAGCUGAAACCAAGAACUACAGCGGUGCAGAGCUGGAGGGGCUGGUCAGGGCCGCACAGUCCACUGCCAUGAACCGACACAUCAAGGCUACAUCCACGGUUGAGGUGGACAUGGAGAGGGCAGAGAAGCUGCAGGUCACAAGGGAUGACUUCAUGGGAUCGCUCAACAAUGAUAUUAAACCCGCAUUCGGUACAAACCAGGAGGAUUACUCCAGCUACAUCAUGAACGGCAUCAUCAAAUGGGGUGACCCAGUUACCCACGUACUGGAUGAUGGAGAGCUGCUGGUACAGCAGACCAAGAACAGCGAUCGCACACCGCUGGUGGCUGUCUUACUCGAGGGUCCACCUCACAGUGGAAAGACAGCUCUGGCAGCCAAGAUUGCAGAGGACUCACAGUUCCCCUUCAUUAAGAUCUGUUCACCAGACAAGAUGAUUGGACACUCGGAGAUCUCCAAGUGCCAGGCCAUCAAAAAGGUCUUUGAUGAUGCUUAUAAGUCCCAGUUGAGCUGCGUGGUGGUUGAUGACAUUGAACGCCUGCUGGACUACGUCCCCAUCGGUCCUCGUUUCUCCAACCUGGUCCUCCAAGCCCUGUUAGUGCUCUUGAAGAAGGCACCUCCCAAGGGUCGGAAGCUCCUCAUCAUAGGCACCACCAGCAGGAAGGAUGUCUUACAAGAGAUGGAGAUGUUGGAUGCCUUUAGCACUACCAUCCACAUUCCGAACAUCUCUACAGGAGAGCAGCUUGUCGAUGCUUUGGAGCUAUUGGGGAGCUUCACUGAUAAAGAGCGGGCCAGCAUUGCACACCAGCUUAAAGGAAAGCGAGUUUGGAUUGGCAUCAAGAAGCUGCUUGUGCUUAUCGAGAUGUCAUUGCAGAUGGACCAAGAUUACAGAGUGACGAAGUUCCUGUCCCUGCUGCGAGAUGAGGGAGCGUUGAACGAAGGCAAUCAAAUCCGAAUUUAAGCUGUCAGUCAGUGGCUCUCUCUGUGCUCGGCGACCGCAGCUUCUACGAGUAGAGUUGAGCCAUUCCAUCGUCAACAAGCCCCCAAUGUGAUGCAAUGAGGAAGAGGAGGACAUCAAGAUGUCUGUCCACCAAGUCAUCCCUCUGUCCAGCUCUCUACACACCCAGCAAAAGACUACACAACAAAACACCCCCCCCCCCCCUUAUCUCAGCAUGUUUCUGUCGGCAAUAUCACUGUAUCACUUGUCAUGUGUCCUCCUCAUCACCAAAGUAUAUUUGUGAACAUAUCUCUAUGCCUGUGAAUAUUCUCAUUCAUCCAGGUCGUUUAUUCUCACGCCAUUGAAUCCAUCACAACUGACCUGUUCAGGUUGUCUUAUAAGACGUUUUGCCUCCAUCAAUUCAUGCUCAAAAACUAGGUAGGACAGGUCUUGUCUGUGCCAUAAUAGAUUAGCGCUCAAAGUCUAGAAAGGACAGCUCCAGUCUGUGCUACUACAACGACAAAUAUGACUGCUGUCCCAAACUAGGCUGUCCUAAACUAGACUAGACAGGACAGCUCUAGUUUGUUCCAACCUAGUCAAAAGCUCAAUAACUAAAUAGGACAACUCUAGUCUGCCCCAUACUACAACAGAGCUCAAUCUCAAAAGACUAGAUAGGUCAACUAUUGUCUGUCAGAUACUAGACUAGGGCUUAAAAACUAGAUAGGACAACUCUGGUCUGCCCUAUACUAAAUGGAGCUCAAAGACUAACAGGGCAUCUCUAGUCUGUCCUUAUACGAGCCUAGCGCUUAAAGACCAGAUAGGACAACACUUUUCUGUCCCAUACUUUAAGCAGUCACAGAUUAGAUAGGACAACUCUUGUUUGUCAAACUGGCGCUCAAAGACUAGACAGGGUAUGGCUAGUCUGUCCUUAUACUAGAUAGUGCUUAAAGACCAGAUAGGACAGCACCUUUAUGUCUCAUACUUGAAGCGGUCAAAGACUAGAUAGGACAACUCUUGUCUGUCCUAUACUAACUGGAGCUCAAAGACUAGACAGGGCAUCUCUAGUCUGUCCUUAUACUAGAUUAGCGCUUAAAGACCAGAUAGGACAGCACUUUUCUGUCCCAUACUUGAAGCGGUCAAAGACUAGAUAGGACAACUCUUGUCUGUCCUAUACAAACUGGAGCUCAAAGACUAGACAAGGUAUAAGGUCUGUCCUUAUACUAGACUAGCACUUAAAGUCCACACAGGACAGCACUUUUUUUGUCCCAUACUUGAAGCGGUCAAAGACUAGAUAGGACAACUCUGGUCUGUCCUACACUAGAAUAGAUCUCAAAACUUGAACUAGACUCAAAACGACAGCUCUAGUUUGUCCUACACUAGACUACUGCUUAAAGACUAGAUAGGACAGGUCUCAUUUGUCCUUUACGAGCUAGGGCCCAGAGACUAAAUAGGACAGCUUUCCUGUGUCCUGAAGUAGAGCUCCAAGACUAGAUCAGCUGUAGUCAGUGCUAUGCUAGCAUUGUCCUAUGCUAGCGUAGUCAUUGAGCAUGAAUGGAUGAAGCCAACCUGAAUAGUCCAGUUGUGAUAGAUUCAAUGCCCUUAGAAUAUAUGUACCUGGAAUCGACUGGAAGUUGUCCUGUUCUAAAACUUAUCUGUAAAGAUAUUGCAAUAGAUGAUUGUAAAAAGUGCUGUUUUUGUGCAUUGUGCUGAAACCAAGCUAUGUAUGUUGGUAGCUUUUUGUAUAGUAUGUGUUGUAUUUGUAGUUCUGCUCAAUUAUAGUAAGUGACUUAAACAAGGCAGUGCGAACAGAAUGCAAGUACAGAUUGUUUACUGAACAUGUAGUGGCUAAAAAAAUAUGUAAAUGUAAACCCUUUAAAUGUAUGUCAUUUCAUGUGUUAAGGUCAGGGUUAAGCCCAAAGUACAAAGUAUAUAUAUAAACACACAGCAGUAUAUUGAGAGUGAUUUUAGUGAUCCUUUCUAUGCUCCACCUGAAUAUGUAUGUAACAGUAUGAAUUGUUACAAUCCAGGGACCCUGACUUCACCAGGUUGCUGUUACAGUGAAAGUGAGUGUCGGAUUGUUAUGUGCAGUUGUGUACAGUUUAGUCGAGGUAGUACAGUUUUGGCAUUGUCAGUGUUCAAUUAAGAAAAUAAUAUGCACUUUUGAGAUAGAAAUGAAACAAGAACAAAAAAACAACAAAAUGGGUACUUAUCGUUAUGGUCCGUUAUAAAAACGUGAGCUUUUUGUGCAUGUGUGGGGAACCUAAAGGCUGCAUGUGUGCAAUGAGUGUAUGCCUAUGACUGUGUAUGGUUUUGUGUGUGUGUGUGUUACAAACGUGUUUUUUUUAUUGUGUUUUUUCACAAAAGUAACGACACAGCUUACAUAUGAGUAACAGUUAAGGGACAAUACUAUAGAAAUGAGCCUUGAAUAUACUUUAGAGUAGUCAGUGUAAAGCUUGAAAAGCAGUAUUUAUCAUAGUACUGUGUAUUUCGUUGCCGGUCAUCUUUAGUUGAUAGUACAUACGUAAAUACUGCUACACUGACUACUUUAAAGUAUCUAUAUAGUAUUGUCCUUUUUGGUCAUUGCUCAAAUGUGAGUGUUGUAUUCACUUUGUGAUAUACUAUAUGUGUUUAGCGCUUAGUGUUCAAGAUUUUUGUGUUCUAACCAGUGAAUUAUAUGUGUGUGUGUGUGUGUGUGUGGGCGGGCGUGUGCGAGUGUGUAAAUAUAUAUAUAUAAACACAUAUGUCUAUUUCCAGAUGUAUUAUUGCAAUAAAAAGCAGUGAUGCACAGAAACAAAGUCACAUCCUGCUGUUUAUUGCUUGUUUAAUGGUGAUUAAUCCUCGUGGAUGGCUCAAGACUUGGUACAAAAGGUGCAAGUUGCCAUAAAACCUUACGUACGUACUUGUAUCUACAGUCCAAAGUGUGAGAUCCAGUAUGAGAGAUGUGUUAAAAGCUGUCGUCUACAAUAAUAUCAACAAUAAAGCACAACAGAGCUGACACAUUGGGGGCGAAUAUCAGUUUCUGCAAUCAGCAGCGUGCGCCCUGAGAAGAACAAGGCAUUACAUAGUGAUUAAUAGUUUUUAAUAGUGUGAAGCCACACAAAAGGCAGAGAUCUUCGUGCCGCAGACACUCAGUUACGGAACUGCUUAAUAAUAUGUCGAUUUACAAGAAUGAUGGAGGGGUAGUAGUCCUGGGACGAUAAUAAAUCAGUGAUCAAACAAUAAAUGAAAA